CUCGCUCUUCUUGGAGGCACAGCCAGCGAUGAGCCAAUCGCUGCUCGCACCACGACACACCCUUUAAAUGCCCGUUUCCCUUAUUUUAGAGAAAAUCCCAGCGAGGUAGUGGCUGUUAAACGCGUUUCACGUUUAUUCCAAUUGUCGACAUCGACUAACGAGGUUUUCAUGUUCGUCGGCCUAUUAUAACCAAUUCACAUCGGAGCACUAUGACAGAGCAGCAAAUGGAUUGUGCACUGGAUUUGAUGCGGAGAUUGCCACCGCAACAGAUUGAGAAGAAUCUGAGCGAUCUGAUUGACUUGGUCCCUUCCCUGUGCGAGGAUCUGUUAUCCUCGGUAGACCAACCAUUAAAAAUUGCCAAGGAUAAGGAGUCUGGCAAGGAUUAUCUUCUCUGUGACUACAAUAGAGACGGAGAUUCAUACAGAUCUCCUUGGAGCAACACUUAUGAUCCACCAUUAGAAGAUGGCUCGAUGCCUUCUGAGCGGUUGAGAAAACUUGAAAUAGACGCCAACCAUGCCUUUGAUCAGUACCGAGAACUCUACUUCGAAGGUGGCGUUUCUUCGGUAUAUUUAUGGGAUUUAGAUCAUGGUUUUGCGGCGGUGAUCCUAAUCAAGAAGGCCGGCGACGGUUCCAAGAAGAUCAAAGGCUGCUGGGACUCUAUACACGUCGUGGAGGUGCAAGAAAAGUCCACGGGACGUACAGCUCACUACAAACUCACAUCGACAGCUAUGCUAUGGUUGCAGACCAAUAAGCACGGCUCUGGUACGAUGAAUUUGGGUGGCAGUCUAACGCGCCAGGUGGAGCAGGAUGCUCAGAUCAGUGAGACAUCCCCACAUAUCGCCAACAUCGGCAGAAUGGUCGAGGAUAUGGAGAACAAGAUACGCAACACGCUGAAUGAAAUCUACUUUGGCAAGACGAAAGAUAUUGUGAAUGGACUGCGAUCAGUGCAGUCUUUGGCCGAUCAAAGACAGCAGGCUGCACUCAGGCAGGAUCUCGCGGCCGCAUUACAGAGGCGAAACGCCAACAAUUGAUCUUGCGAGCAGCAACAGCAGCAGCAGCAAGAGAGCUUUGAUUAUGAUUAUGAAUAGACUUCAUGGUAUUUUUGGAUCCUCUUCAACCUUGCUUGGGAUCUUUGUAUUUUCACAGACAUCUUUAUAUUCUUGAAAUCCAUGGAAUCUUUGGAUUCCUGGAGAUUCUGGGUUCUUUUUGCGGCGAUCUUCUUCGAGAACUUCUUUCCCGAAAAGGCUUUGAGAUUUUCUUGGGCCUUUGGGAGUCUUAAAUGCUGCCACCUGGGUCUUAAGGCCAGAUUGCAUCCACAGAACUUGCGAAUCCUUGGAAUCAUUGUGGUCGAUCUUCACGAACGAAACGUGACACUUAUUACUUCCUGCGCUUUGUUGCCCGGAGAUAUGAAUAACACAAACGCGUUGAUUAAACCUAAACAGUAUGAAAUAUUUUUCUUUGUUUAAUUUCGAGUGAAAUAGAGUUUAUUGUAAAUAUGCGGGAAAGGUGCAACGCGUUUUAGAAUGAUAAAUUAAAUAAAAAAAAAUGUAAAGUGCAAAAGUGAGUUGUAAUAUUGUAGUCUAACGUUUACUACGUGAGGAGACCUUAAAAAGAGCACAUCUAGCAAUUUAAUCCUCUUUCAGUUUGUUAAAUUUGAUAAUCAUGAAAAAAUAGCAAUCUAACGUUUUCGUAAUCUUACGAAAAUUACGAAUUAUUUUGAAAAGCGUAUUAAUAUUCCUCUUAUACUGUUUAGGAUUAAAUUUGAAAGCGCGCAAUUAAGCGCUGAAAUGUAAAGUUGUAAAACGAAUGUAACGCGUCGCAAUUGUUGUAACGAAAGGUUUACCCUUCGUGUAAAUGUGAGAACUUGAAAAGUUUCACAUAGAAAUUCUCAUCAUUUAUAUUAAUGUCCGUUAAAUAUGAUGAAGAGAGCGAUAUAACUUUUGCGAUAAACUAUUGAGAUUUUGUGAAAUAACGCAUUUAAUUAAAGGACAUUACCCGUUUAUACUGUUUGGAAUUGACUCGAGCCACAACUAACUAAUUCUGAGGAACAGUAUAAAACGAUUUAUUUACGUAAAAAGUCCAAAAGAAGAGCAUUUUGCAUUUGUUAUAAUAAUGAAUCCAUAUAUAGUGCGCAAAUAAAAAUUUUAAAAUUAAAGUUUA